CCCACUGGUGACCAGACCCUAAACCAUUUCCCCUCCCCUCUUCUCCGGUCUCCACCCUUCACCGUGCUCCAGGGGUGCUAAUGGCGGCGGCGGCGGACCUCGCAGGGAGCAAGCGGGCCAUGGCCUACGCGCUCUGCAAGCACCUCAACAUCGAUCCCAACACUGUAUCCAAUACAAGUAUUGAAAAGAGUGAUAUUGCGAGCCUGUUUUCACAUAUUGUGAACUCAUCCCAGGAUGAGGUGAUUCAGUGGGUAACAUUUUCCGGUGAUUUUACUGGGAAUGAUGGAAAACAGCAUACAUUGCUUGCUAAUCUCAAUCAAGAUUUGUCCCAGAAGUCUGUACUACUGGGUGAUGGUUUUAAACCAUCAGUUGCUGAUAUUGUUGUGUUUGCAACUGUACAAGCUUUCAUGAGUCGUAUCAGUGACAAUGAAUUGCAGAAAUAUCCGCAUGCAUUGCGGUGGAUGGACUAUAUUCAGAACAUUGUUGAUUUUGGUACAACUUUGCAAAAGAUAAAUGUGACCAAGUCCGUCUUCGAUCCAACUUCUCAUCCAAAGAAAGCUGAUAAAGGAGAUGGUGAUCCAAGUUUGAAGAAAGCUGUUGCAGGACAGAAGAUUGCUGGCAAAUUAAAUGGAAGUGCUGACUCCAAAAAAGCUGCAGGGGAGAUUAAGGCUCCUGAAGAUAAAGAGAAUCCUAAUGCCACAAAAAACGAAAAACCCUCUGGCGAGAAAAAGAAAGUACAAUUGAAGUCUGCAGGAAAAAGUACAGAGAAAGCUCCACAGAAAACUGCAGAGAUGGAUUCAGAGUGCGAUAUCAGUAUCCUCAAUAUACAGGUUGGCCUUAUCCGAAAAGCAUGGAAGCACCCAUCUGCUGACAGCCUUUUGGUGGAGGAGAUAGAUUUGGGAGAUGGCAAUGUGCGUCAAGUUGUUAGUGGUCUUGCUAAAUACUGCAGCCUGGAUGAACUUGUUAAUCGGCACGUCGUCUUGAUCACAAAUGUGAAGCCUGGGAAGCUGCGGGAUGUCAUGUCUUCUGGAUUGGUCCUGUGCGCUUCGACUCAAGAUCAUACGGUUGUGGAGCCUUUGAUUCCUCCAGAAGGAGCAAAGGUUGGAGAACAUAUUUCAUUUGCUGGGAUUGACGGGAAGCCGGAAGAUGUUCUAAAUCCAAAGAAAAAGCAGCUAGACAAGAUUACACCGCAUCUUCGUACUGACGAGAAUGGAAUUGCAACGUUCAAAGGGAUACCCUUUACUACAUCAGCUGGUUCAUGUAGAUCUUCAAUUCCCAAUGCGAACAUAAAGUGAGCAGCUCAUUAGGACACGCUGAUUACACAUUGAUGUGCUAAGACACACGUGAGGUGGCUGUACCAUUUCCCCUUACAUCCCAUACUAAGUGUUGCUAAAUUUCAUCAGAGUUCUAAUAUCUGUAUGCGCAGAUUUUCAUGGUUUAUGUAUACAGUCACACAAAGAUCAAAUAUCCUUUGUGAGCGCA